AUGACUGUGGAUACAGCAGACGAAGCACCGCCCAUCACAUUUGAUGGGCUUUGCUCUGUUGAGUCCACAGACCGUCUCAAUUUGAUCGACAAAGUGAGAGCAAAUGGAGUUGGUGGUAUUAUUUCACUACCCCAGCUUGUGGUAUGUGGCGAUCAAUCUGCAGGAAAGAGUUCCGUGCUCGAGCGCCUCACCAAAAUACCUUUCCCUCGAAGUGACAGCCUCUGCACGAGAUUCCCUACUGAGAUCAUCAUUCGUCACACUUCGGGUGCUCGCCAAGUCAUCGCCACUAUCCAGCCCCACGAGACUCGGUCGGCAGACAUCCAGGAAAGCCUCAAAUCCUACCAGCGUAACAUCGACGAUUUCUCAGAAUUACCUUCCGUCAUCAAGGAAGUCUCCAAGUUGAUGCGAAUCCGGGGCUUUACUAGUGAGGAAGAGUGUGGAGGUGCUUUCGCUUCGGACACGCUCCGCAUUGAAGUAUCAGGGCCUAAUGGCUUGAGUCUGACCGUUGUGGAUCUGCCUGGCUUGAUUUCAGUGUCCCACGAGGGACAAACAGAGGAGGAUGUCGCCAUGGUUCGACGCAUGGCCGAAAGCUAUCUGGAAAGUAGCCGAACUAUCAUUUUGGCCGUGCUCCAAGCUAGUAAUGAUGUUGCCAAUCAGGGCAUUGUACAGUUGGCCAGAAAGCAUGACCCUGAUGGUCAGCGGACAGUUGGGAUCAUCACCAAGCCAGACCUGAUCAAUGCCGGUACCGAGGCCAAGAUUGCAAGACUCGCCAACAAUGUGGAUAAUAUCAAAUUGAAACUUGGAUUCUUUCUUCUGAAGAAUCCAAGUCCGUCCGAAAUCGGACUCUCUGGCGACGCACAAUGCCAGCUGGAAUCCCAAUUCUUUGCCACAGCCAUUUGGCAGUCCCAUUGCCUGGACAUGACCCGUGUGGGUAUAUCAGAAUUGAGGACGUUCUUACAGCAGUUGCUGGACCGUCACAUUGAAAAAGAACUUCCUAAAGUUCAAAAUGAGGUGAAACAAUUACUCAUGGCUACGGACACCAGACUCGCCACUCUGGGGCCGGAACGCACAACUGCCCUGCAAAUCAGAGGCUUCCUGACUGGAACGAGUAUGCGCUUUCACGGGCUGAUCAUUGCAGCUUUGUAUGGGAAUUACCAAGGUUCUGAGGCUAGGUUCUUCGAAAGAGAUGCGAAUCGAUUGCGUGCGAUGGUGCACCAGGCCAACGAGACAUUCGCCGAUUACAUGCGCACAAAUGGGGCUAAGAGAAAGUUGGUCGAAGAAAAGGAAGACCAGCCAAAUCAGGAAGAUGAAUCAGAAAUAAUUCUCGCGACCAAGACGGAAUUGUCUCAGUGGAUCACAGAGAGAUACACUGCCACAAGAGGGCGCGAGCUCCCAGGAAAUGUCAAUGGCGUAUUGCUGUCUGAGUUGUUCUGCGAACAAUCUAGCAGAUGGGGUCAGAUCUCCGAGAAUCACGUUGCAACAGUCACACAGAUAGUCACUGACUGGAUGCGGGAGGCAUUGGCCUUAGUUGCCGAAGAAGAGCAUGUCCGAAAUCAAAUUUCAAGUAUCUGUCAGAAAUCUUUGAACAGUGCGAUACGAGAUUCCGCAAAGGAGUUGCGUAAGCUGCUCUCUGAUGAAAAGCGGCCGCCGAUGACAUAUAAUCAUUACUAUACAGACAAUGUUCAGAAGGCUCGCAAUGACGCAGGGGCCAAGAAGUGGCAGCAAGCAGUUAAGGCUGCACAAAAUGAAGAAUGGUCUGGCAAGAUGAACAUCAACAUGAAGGAACUCGCCAAGUUUCCUCGCUUCUUUGCCUCUGUGAACGUCAACAUGACGCAAACGGCUUGCGCGGAUGCUGAAACUGGACUCACUUCAUAUUACAAGGUAGCGAUGAAGAUCUUUGUCGACAAUGUGUGCCGCCAAGUCCUUGAGCGUCAUAUCCUGCGUUCAAUGUCGGAGCUCUUCACCCCUACCACAGUCGCCCAGUUCUCAGAUGAAGAAUUGCUUCGAAUCGGUGCGGAGACCGAAGGCCGACGUCGUGACAGAGAGCACCUGACACAAAGAGCAUCAGCACUGCGAAAAAGUCUACAGGAUCUCCGAGGCUACGAAUCCCGGCAGCUUGCCCUAUGA